GCAUCCAGGUAGGUAGUCCUCAUUUUUUGUAGUACUCUACUCCUACAAAAAAUCUUGAAAACACAGCCUCCCAUAAUCACCCAUAUACUUCUUUAUAGCCAACACAUACUCUGCUUAGAAGGCUGUUUGGUCUAAAAUACUUUUUGGUUCUACUUUUAUAAAUAGCUACGAUUGUCAGAAUUUGUUGGAUGCCAGAGAUGGCUAACUUCUGGCGAUUCCGAUGUGGUAUGCUUCCCAGCACUAUACAAGCUCCAACAUUAGGGUUGCCAGAAGUUACCCAUCUCUGGUCUUGCACUCAGGAUUUCAUUUUACAAUGUUUUUCUGUUUUAGGUUAGAUGAUCUGCGGUUGAAACUAGAGAAUGAAAGCUAUUCGAAUAUAUCCUACAGUGUGGUUAAUCACCAAGGAAAACAUUCACAGCUGAGAUACCAACUUCUAAAGUCGAAGGUCUCAGAGCACAUUCCAGUCUAUCAGCCAGAGGAAAAUCAGCCCGAUGUCUGGAGCCUACUGAAAGGAAGCAAAGAUGAUUUUCUCAUUUAUGACAGGUUUGUUUUUAUUCAACCUAUGAACACAUUUUAAAAUAUUAUUUAUGAAAGAAAAAGGUUUUUUUUAAGUUUGGUUCAUUGCAUUCUUUACUAUAGAUCAAGGCGCAUUAUUCAUUAAGUUUCUAAUGCUCCUUUCAACUAUGUUUCCUUUCAAAUAUCUGAAUUUAGUUUGAAAUUGCAUUACACUGCAGCCAUUGGCUUAAAGGACCACUAUAGUGCCAGGAAAAAAAAAUAGUUUUCCUGGCACUAUAGGGUUAUUAGGUCACCCCACCCUCGGGCCCCCCUCCUGCUGGGCUGAAAGGGUUAAAACCCCUUCAGCCACUUACCUUAACCCAGCACCGGUGACCCCUCCUCCUCUUGCCGACAUCAGCGCCGAAUGCGCAUUCAAACCGCCCAUAGGAAAGCAUUACUCAAUGCUUUCCUAUGGACGUCCAACAUCUUCUCACUGUGAUUUUCAGAGAAACUGCUAUGUUUUCAGCUGCAGGGUUAAAACUAGAGGGACCUGGCACCCAGACCACUUCAUUGAGCUGAAGUGGUCUGGGUGCCUAUAGUGGUCCUUUAAACGUGUAUCUCUCUUAAACCCAUGACUUGGAGAAUGACUGCUGAAUAACCAUUAUUAGUAUUUAUAUACUUUACAUUAAAAGGGGAAUUAAACAAAUGAAACAAUAAUGAAAUGUUACAGGAACAAUAGGUAGAUGAGGACCCUGCUCAAACGAGCUAACAGUCUAGAGGAAGUGGGACAAAGAACACAAUAGGAAAAUUCUGCUUUGAAAAAGCUCAGUAGCUUUUAAGAUUUGUAGUAGUAAAUUUCGUUGCCUUUCUUUUGGGUUUACGACACCUUUCCCCAGCAUGCACUUUUCUUUCCCUUUCUAAAUUGUCUGCUAAUUAUGUAUAUUUCCAUCUUUUUAUGACUGUAAAGAACAGCCAAGGCUACACAGGGAUUUAGUUAUGUGCCUUUGUGUGCGCUGAGCAAAAAACAUCACUAUAAAAAUUCCCAGAUAAGCUGAUGUAUAGUAUUUACAUAUUGGAUGCAAGAUGAUAUCUCACCUCAACUCCCAUUUUAGUGAAAAGAAGCCCAUACUAGAUUCAACAGCAGAAUAGCUUGUAUAAAGUCAGUGAGAAGAGAAAAAAAUGCAUCUCUACCCGAUCUUCUUCACACUUGUAAUGUAUAGAUUCUAUAAAAUGACUAGUUAUUCUGCAAACUGUACAUUAAAAGUGGUUUCCGUUUCUACCUUUUUUUUUUUUUUUUUUUACAGGUGUGGACGCUUGGUGCAGCAUCUUACGCUACCAUAUACAUUUUUAAGCUUUCCAUAUGUUGAGGAGGCAAUAAAAGAUGCAUAUUGCGGAAAGACGUGUGGGGACUGCGAGUACCAGGUAUAUUCUUUUUAAGCUGUAAAAUAUAUGUAGAUGUGUCUGGUGGAAAAGGGUGCUAUAGGCCGCUCUUUAAAUGUUGCAGAACUACCAUUCCCUUUCAUGCCUUGCCACGUUUCAGGCAAAACUAAAAUCCAAAUCUUGUUUUUCAUGGCUGAGAAUUUUUGCCUUGUACAAAGUAAAACUAGUGCAAAUUGUUUGUUCUGUUAUCACGAGCAGUGCUGUAUUUCGGUUGUGUGCUGACCUAGGCAUGACAAAACUCGGGCACCCUCCCAAUCUAAAUAUCUCUUCCUGUUUAAAACCAACACGCUCUUUGCCUGACAGACACACGUCCUCACUGAUACAUACACUGACUUACACACACUGACAGAUACACGGUCAUUGUCAUACACACCAUUGUCACAGACAUACUCACUCACAGUUAUGCACACUCACUGACAGACACAAACUGACAGACACACAUGCACAGUCUUAGUGACACACACACUCUCAGUGACAAGCGCACUGACAAACAUUCACUGAGACACAUACACACUCACUGACAAACACAUACACUCUUUGACAGACACACACACUGAUUCUAACACACUCACAUAAAAAAAAAAAAAGUGAGUGUACCACUAAUGGGGGGAGAGAGGAACACUAAGGGACGGGGGGAGCACUAAGAGAUCACUAAUGGAUAGGAAGGAAGAAGACCACUAAGGAACAGGAAGGGGAGGGACAGGGAGAGGAACACUAAGGGACAGGGCGAGGACCACUAAGGGACAAAAAUGGGAGAGGAACACUAAGGGACAUGGAGAGGAACACUAAGGGACAGGGAAGAGGACCACUAAUUGACAAGAAGAGGAGAGAAGAAAGAAGAGAGGAUCACUAAGGGACAUGGAGGGAAGAGGAACACUAAGGGACAUGGAGGGGAGAGUGGCACACAGGGGGGCCUGAGUGGGGAGAAAGACACAUAGAAGGACAUGAGGGUGGAAAAGUCACACAGAUGGGCCUGGGGGUGAGAAAGACGCACACAGAAGGGUCUGGGGUGGAACUACAAAAGGAAUGGGGGUGAAAGAGACACAGAGGGUCUGGAGAAGACGAAAAAGAGACAGAGAGGGGCUGAAAAAAGCUAAAAGAAACACAGAGGACCAGGGGGAGAUAGAUGUGCUAGGGGUGAAAGAGAAACACACAUAGGAGCUGGAAAGAGUAAAAGACACAAAGGGGCUUGGAGAGAAGGAGACACAAAAAAGGGGGUUGUAAGAGAUACACAAGGGAGGUGUAAGACCCACAAUGCGGAAAAUAGGGAAUAAGAUACCCUAAGAAAGAAAAGGCGGGUUAAGAGGCACACAAGUGAAGAUGCACUUUUUGAGGGAGGGGGGGUGGAGGAGAGGGGUGCCAAAAUUGCCUGUGUACCCAAAAAUCCUUUCACCUGCCCUGCCCAGUAUAAGCAGCUGACAAGGCAUCUGCCAGGGCGGUUUUGCACGCAGAGUGCCGCACAAGGCAAAUGCCUCGUCAACCUCACGUUAAAUACAGUGCUAAUCACAAACAAUGCAUUUGUUUUUAAACUGAUUAGUUUUAUUUAAAAAAAAAGAAAUCAGGAGGUUAGUUCUGCUUAAAUAACAGUUUUGGUAAACAAAAUAGCCUGCUCAUGACUGGUGUAUUGGUUUUCUUUGCUAACAUGUUCUGUUCUUGUAGACAUCAGAAGAUGAAGAUGUUUGCAAAACAACAGAAGAACCAGUGGACAAGCCAGAUGAAGUAGAAGAACCGAAGCGUCAACAAAAUCAUAUUAAGCACAAGGGACCUGGGCACAGGCAUCAGCAGCAGGAGGAAGUCCUUGUGGUGGAGGAUGGUAGACACCUUGCUAACCACAGGAUGAAGCAUAAGCACCAUCACCGUGAAGGAGAGGAGGUGGUAGAGGUUGCCUACAGACCACAUAGCCAUAAACAUCAUGGUAGGGUUGCUGGUCACAGGGAACUGGAUGAAAAGACACCUCAAAGAGAGGUUGUUUUCAUUCCACGAAAAGAGGCAGAUAAUCCUGUGAAGGAUAAAAAACCUUGA